AGUACUUUGGUGAGCGUAGAGAAAAGAAGGUGCUGCUCCUUCGUCAUGUUAUCUUUUAAAAAAAAAGUGCUUGCGCAGCUUGCGCUUAAUCUUCUCGUUGCAAAUUAUGUGGGAUUUGUGGUGGCUCAGGAACCGCAAUACUGUGAGAUCAUCGAUUUUUCAAGUGAGGAUGCUUUCGCAAUGGAGGCAUGUGAAACAGGAACGGAAUUUUCCUGGACUACCUAUGAAGAUCUCGCAGAAGAAGAUCAAAUUCCUUUGCUUCGACCUGAGUCAGUGGGACUUUUGAAGGCUACUGGAUCAUUUUGUGGUGUUGUGCCAAGUGAGAUAACGUUCACCGUAGAUUCAGGCUUCAUCAUUCCAAUGUACUCCAAAACACCGAUGAAUAUAUUAGUCGAAGCAGAAAAUGAAGAGAACAAAAUAUUGGAUAUAGAAAUAUCUUUAAAUCCUAAUGAAUGGUUUUAUUUGCGCUUAGAGGGCAUGUUUGAUGAAAAUUCUGUUGGUUUACCUGGAGUAUAUAAGAUCAAAUUAUUAGCGAAAGAGGAUUUUGAGGAUGAGACCGUAUACAUUGAUUUUAUUCAAGUAUUCAAUACGGAUUACACUGAUGAGGAAUGUAUUCCAAGGGAACUCGUUGAUCCCACUGAUCCAACUGAUCCAACUGAUCCAACUGACCCAACUACAGAAGAACCAACUACCGAAGCCACGGACGAACCUACCACUGAAGUAACCGAUGAACCUACAACUGAAGUAACGGAUGAACCAACCACUGAAGUAACGGAUGAACCAACCACUGAAGUAACGGAUGAACCAACUACUGAAGAAACUGAUGCACCCACAACCGAACAAACUGAUGCACCCACAACCGAAGAAACUGAUGCACCAACAACUAACCCAACGGAAGCUCCAACAGAUCCUCCAACACUUCCAGAACCUGAACAACCUGAAAAUGAGUGGAAAGUCGUUGCUGCAGUUUUCAUAUCCUUAUUCUGUGGAGCCUGUGUUCUGAUAAUGCUCCUCAUCUUUAAGCCGUUCUUCAUAAAACCCACUCCGGCGUCCAGUAAUCUCGUUACCAACGAGCAUCCAAUGUCCCGAACAACUCUCCCACGAUUGCAAGUUGAUUCAGGAUCAUCUGGAAUAUCUGGCGUUAACCGGGAAGCUGAAACAAGCUGGCCAUAAAAUGUUUUGCCUGGCAUGAAGAUUGAUAUAAAUCUUUGGAUAUUAUUUACCUACAUUUUAUUAAAUCAAUACUACGUAAAAGAAGACAUACUCAUAUACCAGGAGUCCCUUAUAUCCGAUUUUUUCAAUGGAAUGUCGGGAAUAAAGUUUUUAAAAUAAAAUUUAUAUUUUGUUAAAA